UGCAGCCAGAUUCAUUUCUCAGAGAUCUAAUUAUAUUUAAACAGAUUAAUGUUGCAGGAAUGUCUUUUCUGUUUCUAACAGAACAAUCUGAGAUGGUGUCAGUCCAAGUCCCCUUUCUGGUGCUUUUUGAGGUGGAAUGACCGCCUGCUAGUUCUGCCACUCGUUCAAAUGAUUCUACACACGAACAGACAUACAUAUCAUCACACUUGUACACAGUCUCUCUUCCUCCCUCUCUGGCUAGCUGGUGUUUUUUGCCCCUGAGAAAUGGAGACGACAUGGUUGUCCUGUCCUGUGAGGGAACAAUAUACUGAUAUACUCACUGAUACACACCCUUAAGUCACAUUCUAUCCCCUAUGGGAUGAGAGCAUGCAGCCUCCAGGCAUUGUCUGGUCUUAUAACCCAAACCAGAGCUUAAACACCUCGGAGAACAGAAGGGAAAGAUGAGAGACAAGUGAAGAGAUGGAGAGGUAAUGGGAAGUUGAAUGUGAGAUUAGAGGGAUGAAGGGGAGGAUGAGUAGGAGUUAGUCGAAUAGAGGGAUGUAAUAGAAUGAAAAGGAGAGGUGGAGUGUGCAGAGGAAGCUCUUGGUAUUCAGGGUUGAGCCUGUCUUCAGUGCAUGAAGACUGAUCUGUUUCUGAUUUCAGCUGCAUAAUGGAAUUGUCUUGGCAAUGACAGGGGAGUACAAACUGAUCCGGGACCAGGCUAGCCUGCACGGGAGGUCACGGUGGACUGGAGGGCUGUGUGAUGUUGUGACUCAGUGCUCUGUUUGAAUCUGUAAUACUGAGUGAAGGGCUGUGCGAGAGGGACUCAAAGAGAACCCACCUCGCUUGGUUGUCGUAGUGUGCAGAGGAGAGAAGUGGUCCUCAGUAGUAGCAGCAGCCAUGGGCCUGGCAGCUUACCUGAAGACCCAGUUUGUUCUGCAGCUCCUCCUGGGUUUUGUGUUCGUGGUGAGCGGCCUCCUCAUCAACUUCAUCCAGUUGUUGACGUGCGUCCUGUGGCCCAUCGACAAGCAGCUGUACCGCAGGAUCAACACCAGGCUCUCCUACUCCCUCUGGAGCCAGCUGGUGAUGCUGCUGGAGUGGUGGUCAGGAACACAGUGCACCCUCUACACAGAUCAGGCCACAGUGGACAAGUUCGGCAAGGAACACGUCAUCAUCAUCCUCAACCACAACUAUGAGAUUGACUUCCUGUGCGGCUGGACUAUCUGUGAGCGAUACGGAGUCCUAGGGAGUUCCAAGGUGCUGGCCAAACACGAGCUGCUGAAGGUGCCUCUGAUUGGCUGGACCUGGUAUUUCCUGGAGAUCGUGUUCUGCAAGAGAAAGUGGGAGGAGGACAGAGAGACCGUGUUCAGAGGGCUAGAAAGACUCAGAGACUACCCUGAGUUUAUGUGGUUCCUGCUGUACUGUGAAGGCACUCGCUUCACAGAGAAGAAGCACCAGAUCAGUAUGGAAGUGGCAGAGAGUAAAGGCCUGCCCAAGCUCAAAUACCACCUGCUGCCCAGAACCAAAGGCUUCACCACCGCUCUCAAAUGCCUCCAGGGCACAGUGUCUGCUGUGUAUGACGUCACACUGAACUUUAAAGACCACCAAGUCCCCACUCUGCUGGGCAUCAUCAACGGCAAGAAAUACAUGGCAGAUAUGAGAAUCAGGCGGUUCCCUGUAGAGGAGAUCCCAGAAGAUGAGAAGGAGUGUGCCAACUGGCUUCAUAAACUCUACCAGGAGAAGGAUGCUUUGCAGGAGCACUACCAUAAGGAGGGCACUUUCCCGGGUCCCACCAUCACCCCUCCUCGCCGGUUGUGGACGCUACUCAACUUCCUGUUCUGGGCGGCCCUGCUGCUCUCACCCCUCAUCAACUUCGCCUGCGGGGUGGUGGUCAGCGGCUCCCCCCUCCUCAUCCUCGGCUUCAGCCUCUUCCUCAUCGUAGCCUCCAUAGCCAUCCGGCGCCUGAUCGGUGUCACCGAGGUAAAGAAGACAGGCUCCAGUUACGGCGACGAGGGGUCCAAGAAACAGAACUAGACCUCUACCUCCCCCCUGUUGGUUGCUGUACGGUCCUCCUGCGGUUGCCCUCCCUCUAUUCUGUUGUCCUGCAGGUGCAGUCAGCACGUCGGGGAGAGCGCCAAACCAUUACACAUAGAGAUAAAACAGAUAGAUCUGGAGGAGGCCAAACCAUUACACAUAGAGAUGAAACAGAUAGAUCUGGAGGAGGCCAAACCAUUACACAUAGAGAUAAAACAGAUAGAUCUGGAUGGGGCCAAACCAUUACACCAAGAGAUAAAACGGAUAGAUCUGGAGGAGGCCAAACCUUUACACCUAGAGAUAAAACGGAUAGAUCUGGAUGGGACCAAACCAUUACACCUAGAGAUAAAACAGAUAGAUCUGGAUGGGACCAAACCAUUACACCUAGAGAUAAAACAGAUAGAUCUGGAUGGGACCAAACCAUUACACCUAGAGAUAAAACAGAUAGAUCUGGAGGGGGCCAAACCAUUACACAUAGAGAUAAAACAGAUCUGUAGGGUGCCAAACCGUUACACCUAGAGUUACCAUAUAUAGAUCUGGAGGGAGCCAAACCAUUACACCUAGAAAUAAAAUGGAUAGAUCUGUAGGGUACCAAAACAUUACACAGAGA